UGGGGAGGCUGUGAGGGAGUUUGAGGUAAAAUUCACCUUUUGGGGGAGUCUGUGAGGGGAUUUGGGGUGAAAAAAGACAAUUUAGGGGUGUUUGAGUUGAAAUUUAGGAAGAUUUGAGGUGAAAAUUGUGGUUUUGAGGUAUUUGGGAGAAGAUUUGGGGUAGAACGUUACAUUCUGGGGGAUUUGUGAAGUGGCUUUGGGAUAAAAUAUCGCAUUUUUUGGGAGUCUGUGAGAGGAUUUGAGGUAAAAUUCACCUUUUGGGGGAGUCCGAGGGGAUUUGGGGUAAAAAGUCACAAUUUAGGAGAGUUCGUGAAGGGAUUUUGGGUAAAAUUCACGUUUUGGGGGAGUUUGUGAGGGGAUUUGAGGUAAAAUUCACCUUUUGGUGGAGUUUGUGAGGGAACUUGGGGUAAAAAAUCACCUUUUUGGGGAAUUUUAAAGGGAUUUGAGGAGAUCAAAGAGAGAUUUUAGGAAGAAAUCUUCUCUUGUGUGGAUUUGGGACCCGGAGGAGGCGAUGCUAUAUCGGAGAGUUCGUUCCUGCCUCUUUGGAUUGGGGAUAUUCCUGCUUUUCCUGGAUUUUGGGGACGUGGAUUGGGGAUAUUCCUGCUUUUCCUGGCUUUUGGGGACGUGGAUUGGGGAUAUUCCUGCUUUUCCUGGAUUUUGGGGACGUUUAUCCGAGCCUCUCGGGCUGGGAAGCGGCGGCGCUUGGUUUUAGGGAAGGAAACCAAUGGAUACAGCAGAAUUCCUGCUUGGUUUCCAUGAUUUUUACGGAGCUGGGCUCAUCCCAGAGCUCCCGUUUUGUGCCGGGAGCUGCGGGAUGAGCUGAGAGAGAUGGAGGAACCGCUGGAAAAGCUCAUCUCGAGGGAAUAUCCCGAUGUGCCGAACUCCGAGCCGCGCAGCCGGCACCGCCCGGCUGGAGGAGAGGUGUGCCGGCUACGGAAUCCCUCGGAGGAAUGCAGGUGCGGCACCAGCCCUGACUCACCUGUGCCCUUAUCGCCCCGGAGAACCGAGACUCCGGAGCCAACGGCAUCGCCCCGGCUCAGACACGGAGCGAGAGGGAUUUUCCCUUUGCCCCCCCAUUCCCAGAUCUCCAAAAUCAGAGUGGGCUCUGGAAUUGUGGCAUUGCGGACCCCGGCGAAGCUUUGCCACGACGUUCCAGACCCGGACAAAGCUUUGCCAUGACAUUCCAGACCUGGAUGAAGCUUUGCUAUGACAUUCCAGAGCUUUGCUACGACAUUCCAGACCCGGACAAAGCUCUGCCGUGGUAUUCCGGACCGAGGCAUGGCUUUCCUGUGGCUUCUCCGGCUGCUUCUUGCCACGAUUAGCCGCUUGCUUCCCAACGGAUCGAGCCGACAGCCUAAUAAGGGCAAGGAAUGCCGGGAAUCUCCACGCUCCGGCCUCCCCCGGCCCAUCCGGUAGCAGCGAAUUAGAGAGAACCCAACUGUGCCAAGACGGAAAGGGCUGGAAAAACCCAACGAGCGGCACUGGUCCCGGCAUUCCGGAUGCGUUGCCACCUUGGAAAGCAAAGCCCGGCCUUAAAUGAUGCCGUCCUAACGAACCGUGGGCACAAUUCCACCUCCACAUCCCUUUUCCAGAGGAAAAAGUUUCAUUUCUUCUCGUUUUUUGGGAUAUUCUCCCUCCGGAGCUGCCGCUUCCCGAAGGAAAAGUGGCUGCUGAGCCGUUAGUGUACAUAAUUAGUGAUCCCACUAAUUAUUGGGAUAAUACAGCUGCGUCUCUGAUGGCUUUGUUGAGCUUUGAGGAUCUGUGGAGUCUUCCCAGUGGGAUAACUUGGAGUGCAGGGAUGAUUCCAGCCGGGAACAUCGGGCUCUUCCGGAGCCUUGGGGCCCUCGUUGUCCCUUUCCCUGCUCCCAGGCCGGGUCCUUUGCCUCAAAACCCUGGAAUUGAGCCCAAAGGCAGCGAGAUGCUCCCAUGGGAUCCGAUUGGAUCCGCUCCGGAGCAGCCAGUGGCUUUUUCUGGACUUGUUCCUCCCCAGAAAUUCUAUUUUAGGUUAAAACAACCCAUAAUUCCGGUUGUUUUUCACAUAAAGGUUCCCGUAUGGGAUUUUUUGGGGGAUCGAUCCCUGCCGACGGUGACUUCAUGGAAAAAUCCAGAGAGGAUUCUGCCCAGAAAUGUCUCCUGGGAGAGUGGAAAAUAUUCCGAUUGGGUUUUCCCUUUGGGAUAAAAUCCGCAGCAGCUGGAAAAGAAAGAAAAAAAUCAAACUGGGAUCAUUCCCGAUCCCACCUACAGCGAGGAAAGGGAAGGAAAAACCCCUCAUCCUGGUGUCCAGCCAGCGUUCCGGAGCCUCAACUGGUUUCAGGGAUCCCAGACGUUCCGGAAACAAGGAAUGAGGGGGACCAGUGUCUCCGAGUGCUGGGAGGGAGCAGCAGCGUCCUUGGAAAGCUCGAAUCCCUCCAAAAGCGGCAAGAAUUCCUUUCCAGGCAGUUUUAUCCCGUUUUUUUUUUCCGUCUCCGGGUGUUUUUUUGGCCACGCCGGGUGGGAUUCGGCCUCGCCUUUCCCACGUGCCAGGACUCGCACCGGGAUCGGCACCGGAGCCACCGCCCGGCCACGCCUGGCAGAGGCACGCAGUGCCGGGAACACGGCAUUCCGGCUUCUCCGAUGGCGUCAGGGGUUGAUAAACCACCCGGGAACGCCCUCGUCGCCGAUGGGUUUCCCUUAUACGGCCAUCGCCGCGCUCUGUGCCGCCGGAAUGCCGAGCCGGCCCCGCGACGAGCCACCGGGAUCACCUGGAAUCCCAAAUCCCCAUACCCCAGGGGAGGGAAUGGGGCUGUUUCCGAGCUGCUCCGGGUGCCGUUAUCCCGGUGCCUUCGCCGGGAUCAAACCGGAGCCGCCGCGAUUCCCUUGGGAACGUGGUUGUGGUUACAGUCAAUCUCAUUCCGUUUGCGUUCCGACGCCCCUUUGAGGCGUUUGUGAGGGGAUUUGGGGUAAAAUAGCGCAUUUUGAGGAGUCUGGGGGGGAAUUUGGGGCAAAAUGUCACAUUUUGAGGGACUCGUAGACAAAAAUCACAUUUUCUGUGAGUCCCUAAAGGGAUUUGGGGUAAAAACAAUAUUUUUGGGGGCAGUUUGAGGCGGAAUUUGAGAAGACUUGAGGUGAAAGUUGUGGUUUUGAGGCGUUUGUGAGAGGAUUUGGGGUAAAAUAUCGAAUUCUGGGGAGUCUGCGGGGAAAUUUGAGGGGAAAGUUGUGGUUUUGAGGGGAUUGGUGGUGAAAUACCCCAUUUUGGGGGAGUCUGUGAGGGAGUUUGGGGUAAAGAAAACGCAGUUUGGGGGGAAACGUGAGGAGAUCUGAGGUGAAAGUUGUGGUUUUGAGGUGUUUGUGAGGGGAUUUGGGGUAAAAUAUCACAUUUUGGGGAGUCUGAGAGGGAGUUUGGGGUGAAAAUCACAGUUUGGGGGAGUUUGAGGGGAAAUAUGAGAAUA